AUGAGCUCAAAAACAGAAUUUUGUUUUUUAAAUCUGCGCACCUACCUAAUAUAUUUGUGCUGUUAUCUGCUGGUGGUGGUGGCAGCCGGUAGCCGGGUGGUCAACGGUUUGAAAUGCUAUUGCAAUCCCAAGGAAUGUGAUGUCAUCAGUUCGUUAGAUUGUCCCGGCAAGGGUCUCAUCGUUUUGGAUCCAUGCAACUGCUGUCCCAUCUGCGCCAAAACCGUUGGUGAGGUAUGUGGCGGUCCCGGAGAUUUUUCAGGACGCUGUGAACCACCGUUAAAAUGUGUAGCGAAAUUGCCCACAGCCAAUGCGCUGGGAGUGUGUAUGG